CUAAAUUAUAAGCUUAUAUACCUUCCUGAAGGACAGGGCUGAACGAGUUCAUCUUAUUUCAUUGACGGUUGAUCCUUGAGCAUCACGAUUUGCUCUUGCUUUUUGUCUGAAAAUAAUUUGCUAUCCGGAACCGAUAUUAUUUGCUGCUAUAUAAUAACUGGCAAGAUUUUAUGUAUAUAUCUUCUUUAAGAUUUAAUUUGACUAAUGGAUAACAUUAUAUCUACUAAACUAUUUGAAACCGAAGGUGUUUCGGUGUUUCGGAUUCCACCGGGGGACAUUUCUUUAAAUAAAUGGGAUCUUAACGGAUCUAAUAUUGUUUGGCUGGGUAAUUUAAGAGUAAUUGAACAAGAAGUUAUAACAGAUGGUGUAGAGCUUUUUUCAUUGCCAAAAGGAUUAUCCGAUGAAUCAUCCAUUUUUUACGAUCCAAAGUUAUCUAAGGAUGAAAAGGAUUCUAAUGAUGAUGAGAAUUCCUAUUCAAAGGAUGUCAUACAACCUCAUAAAGGUUUAAGAUUAAGACUCGAACUUUAUAAUAUGGUUGAAAUCCCUCCAUCCGUAGGAAAUCUUACAACGGUUCGUAAGGAUAUUUGUUGGGCUGAAGUUUGGUAUAAUCCAAUUGCAUCUCCACUUGAUGAAGACGAAAAAGAUUUAUUCAGGGAUCAAAUCAAUUCUGAUUACUCAAUUGCUAAUGAUGGUGAAGAAACUAUUCAAAUGUCUCCAGAAUCUCCAAAAUUUUAUAAGAUUAUUGCACAAUUACCUGGGUCCGGUUAUCAUCCAUACGAUUCUCUCGAUCAACAAGAUAUAUUGAAUGUCAAAGAAUCUCAGGACGGCCCAUUAGUACAAGUUGCUCUUGGUUUGAAAUUCGAUGAAAGCUUUAGUGCUGUUUCUUUUGCUGAAAGUUUGGGUAUCUAUAAGAGAAGAUUCCGAAAUUUCGAAGAUCAGUAUAGGUACGAAUUAAAAUUAAUGGAAAUUGAAUCAAGACUGGCGAAAUUAAAUCUUGGCGACGAGUCCUUGGAUGGUUCUAAUUAUACUCAUAAGGGUAGUAUUGAUAAUACAUACACUGAUGAUGAUGAUGAUGAUGAUGAUGAUGAUGACGAUGAUGACGAUGAUAGUAAUUACUAUGAUCAAAAUGGAAACCUAUUUUCUGUUCCUCCCAGAUCAUUGCCUGUUUCACCAUCCACCAUCUCAACUGCUACAAAUGAGGGCACCCAAGGAUUAAAUUUUUGUGGCCAUGAUGAUAAUGAUGAUGCUGGCAAUCAGGAUAGCCUAGAUGACGAUGAUGAUGAUGAUGAUGAUGAUGAUGCAGGAUUUGGUGAAUUCGUCCAAAGUUCAUAAGUCAUACGACUAAAUUUGCAUAAGCUCCAUGAGCUCUCUUUAAUUUAUUAUAUAAACGCUUUAUGUCUGUUUUUUUUUUUAUCUUUUUUUUUCUAUAAUGAAGUUAUCAUGCCGUAAAUAGACCC